ACUUUAUAUUUAUGUUUUUAGCAUGUCUAACCAAAUAGCUCACGAUCUAGACUCAAAAACACGAACGGACGACAUUGCCGCGCAAGAAUCGGUCACUUUUGAAGAUAUUUUGGUUUCGGACUUCGUUCUUUCUGGGUUAAAAAAGUCGGGAUUUCAUAAACCGUCGCCGAUACAGCUCAAAGCAAUACCGCUCGGGAGAUGUGGUUUUGACCUAGUCGUCCAAGCAAAAUCCGGUACCGGUAAGACGUGUGUGUUUUCCGUUAUAGCACUUGAUAGUAUAGACGCAAAAUCUGCAGCAUUACAAGUCAUUGUGCUCGCCCCAACGCGUGAAAUCGCGCUACAAAUACAUGAAGUAGUAUCCACAAUUGGGCAAGACAUUGAACAAUUGUCAGUCCAGGUUUUUAUUGGGGGUACACUGGUCUCAGAAGACCGACAAAAGGCAAAACGAUGUCACAUUGCUAUAGGGUCGCCUGGCAGAAUUAAACAACUGAUUUCGCUGGGUGUUUUAGCUGUAAAUAAUGUCCGUCUUUUCGUUUUGGAUGAAGCUGAUAAACUAGUGGAAGAAGGUGGCCUACAACAGCAAAUUAACUGGAUUUAUUCCUCUUUGCCAAGCACUAAGCAGAUGCUUGCGUUAUCUGCCACUUAUCCUGAAGCGCUUGCGAAAUUUUUAACAAAAUACAUGCAACAGCCGACAUUUGUGCGAUUAAAUCCAACAGACCCUUCCCUACUUGGUCUUAAACAAUAUUAUCUGCUAGUUAAAGAAUGUAAGCUACCGCAUCAGUUAUUUGAGGAAAAAACACGAUGUAUUAUUGAAAUUUUAAGCAGUAUGACGUACCAACAAGCGCUAUUGUUUUCCAAUUAUCAUACAAGAGCAGAGACCUUAUGCAACGCACUAAAUAGCUCUGGCUGGCGAUCGACUUUUAUUUCAGGCAAUAUGGAGCAAUGGCGGCGUACUGAAGCAAUAACGAGGCUAAAAUCUUACCAAUGCAGGAUUCUAAUAUCGACUGAUCUAACUUCGAGGGGAAUUGACGCCCAGAAUGUGGAUGUAGUUAUCAAUAUGGAUGUACCUACCGAUUGGGAGACAUAUAUGCAUAGAAUUGGUCGCGCUGGAAGGUUUGGGGCAUAUGGAACAGCUGUUUCGCUUGUUAGUCCUGGAGUAGAAGCCUCGAGGCUACAUGCUAUAGCUGCCCAAUGUAAUGCUUCUAUAGCACCUUUGCCGGCUGAUUUUAGAGCUAUUUUAAAUGAUCAAAAAUCAAAUGUUAAAUUACAGGAAAAUUUGAAUGAAAAUUUUAAAAGUGUCAAUAGCCGUGUUAAAAUUUCCUGCCCAAAUUUACAGGAAAAUUUAAAUGAACAGUUAACAAGUGUUAAUAAUGUCGAAAUUUCAUGCCCAAAUUUACGGUUACAAGUUAAAAAUGAACAUGGAGACAGUGAAUUAAGUGCAGACACAACAAGAACAAGUGACAGUUUUGUUGGUUCUGAGAAGUAUAUCGACACUGUGACAAUGCAAAAUGAUCGUGCAAAACAGUCCUAUCCAGUGAUUGAUAGCCUACAGGAUGUUAUGCAACAAAGUGCAUGUUUGAGUCAGAACCUACAUUAUCUUGAUAUGAACUAUAAAGAAUUAGUAGCAGAUUUUGAAUACUUUAAAAAAAACGGGAUUUUUUUGGCGCCACCAAAAAAAUUACAAAAUGAAGAACAAAAAACAACAAAUGAAAUAGAGUUAAAAUUAGAUGAUAUUACUAAAAAAGUAGACCAGAAUUUGAAAUUAUCUGAUCUUUCAAGUGUAAAUGGUAGCAUGAAAAAUGAAGCUGUUUUGAAUAAAAAUUCUGGCUAUGCCUUGAGAGUUAAGUGUAAGGAAAUAGUUAAAUCAGAACAUACUGAAAAAUUAAUGUGUUCCAAAGUGAAAGCUGAACAAGCAACUGAAAAUAAAGAAACUGUAAAUUUUACUGCUAAAACGGAUAGUAUCAGUGAAACUACAGCAGCAAAACUUGAACAAAUGCCAUCAAAAUGUGCACGUACUGUAAAAAGUGUACCUACUUGGACUGUAAAAAAAAUUGCUUCAAAAACGCAAAAUUCUGAACAUACAAUUGAAUCAGUUGAAAGUAUUGACCAAUAUUCAAGCAUAUCUUCUUAUGACAGUGACGAGGAUUACGAUGCUAGCGAAAGUGACUCAGCGCUUUCUGAUGAAAAUGAUGACUGUGCAAAAACUGGACUUCAAUCUGAUGCGGACCUUUUUAACCCCCACUCUAAAGAAAAAGAUCAAAUUUUCCCAGAGUGUCAAUUACCAUCUAAAACAAACUGUGAACAUUGUAUGUGUCUUGAGGAAAAAAUAUAUGCCCAAAAUUUGCACAUGAUGGGUGUAUGAGUAUGCUAGACAACUGUGCGAUAAUCUAAACAUUUAAAUUACUGUAUAAUUAGAAAUACAACUAAAUACAAGUGCCUAAAUACACCAUAUUAUUAGUGUUACAAAUUUUAGGUUACAGAGAUUUAAUUAUUAGUGGAUUUUCUUUAAAUUAAGAGUGUCUAUUCCAUACAUUGUUAAGUUUAAAAUGCAUAUUUCCGUUUCAAUGUUAGCAUUUUCUAUGUUUGUUCAAAACUGUGUUUAAUGUUUUUAUACAUUUAUUAAAGCCCAAAAACGGCAACAAUUUAUUAAACUUUUUAUUUUAAAUAUAAGAAUUGUGUCUUUUAUUUACCAUUCUCUCCUAGCUGCUAAAUUUUAAUUUAUUAUUUAUUUAUAUUUUUUUGCGCCAUGAACUGUCGCACUGCCAUUUUGAUUUGAUUUAUUAUACUAACAAAAUUAACGACAAUCAUUAUUUCCUAG